CCACCGCCCGCAGCCCGGGGCCGCCCCCGCCGCCGCCGCGCCGCCGCCCCCCCGGCAGCCCAUGCCCGGGAACGCGGAGCUGGAGGAGCGAUUCGGCCGCGUCCUGAAUUCCAUGAACCUGCCCCCGGACAAGAUGAAGCUGCUGAGCCAGUACGACAACGAGAAGAAGUGGGAGCUGAUCUGUGACCAGGAGCGUUUCCAGGUGAAGAACCCUCCAUCUGCCUACAUCCAGAAGCUGAAGAGCUACUUGGACACGGGUGGGGUCAGCAGGAAGUUCAAGAGGAGAGUGCAGGAGUCAACGCAGGUGCUGCGGGAGCUGGAGAUCUCCCUGAGGACCAACUACAUCGGCUGGGUCCAGGAGUUCCUCAACGAGGAGAACAAGGGGCUGGACGUGCUGCUGGAGUACCUCGCCUUCGCCCAGUGCUCCGUCGCGUACGACAUGGAGAGCUCCGAGAACAGCCCCGGCUCUGACAAGGGCAAGGAGAGGUCUCUGGAGGACCUGAACAGGAGCACCUCCUCGUCCCCCACGCAGGGCGCCUCCAAGCCGCGGCCCCUCACUGUAAGGCUGAACCCCUCGCACAGCAGGAAGACGCUGCGCAACUCGCGGCUCGUCAGCCAGAAGGACGAUGUCCAUGUGUGCAUCAUGUGCCUCCGCGCCAUCAUGAACUACCAGUCUGGCUUCAGCCUGGUGAUGAACCACCCAGCCUGCGUCAACGAGAUCACCCUGAGCCUCAACAACAAGAGCGCCAGGACCAAGGCUCUGGUGCUGGAGCUGCUGGCCGCUGUCUGCCUGGUCCGAGGGGGACACGACAUCAUCCUGGCUGCCUUUGACAACUUCAAGGAGGUCUGCGGGGAGAAGAAUCGCUUCGAGAAGCUGAUGGAGUAUUUCCGAAAUGAGGACACCAACAUUGACUUCAUGGUGGCCUGCAUGCAGUUCAUCAACAUCGUGGUGCACUCGGUGGAGAACAUGAACUUCCGAGUGUUCCUGCAGUACGAGUUCACCCACCUGGGGCUGGACCAGUACCUGGAGACUCUGCGCCUCACCGAGAGCGACAAGCUGCAGGUGCAGAUCCAAGCCUACCUGGACAACGUCUUCGACGUGGGGGCCAUGCUGGAGGACUCGGAGACCAAGACGGCGGUGCUGGAGCACAUGGAGGAGCUGCAGGAGCACGUCAGCCAGCUGACAGAGAAGCUGCAGGAUGCGGAGAACGACUCCAUGGCCAAGAUAGCGGAGCUGGAGAAGCAGCUGAGCCAGGCGCGGCGGGAGCUGGAGGCGCUGCGGGAGCAGCUGAGCCCCCCGCGGCCGCCCAGCCCGCCGUGCCCGCAGCCGCAGGAGUGUUACCGGCUGGCGCUGGAGCGGCGGCUGGCGGAGCUCGAGGAGAAGGGGCUGGUGCAGAUCCUGCGUGGGCCCGACGGAGACGUCGCCAUCGAAAUCGUCCCCGUUGUCAUAGAAACCCCCGCAACCCCCGUGGUUUCCGGGGACACCACCCCCACCUGCGCAGAUGCUCCGGCUCUGGCUCCGGUCCCACCUCCCCCGCCCCCCCCCCCCCGCCUCUUGAAGGUGAAGAAGCCGAUCCAGACCAAGUUCCGCAUGCCUGUCUUCAACUGGGUGGCCCUGAAGCCGAGCCAGAUCGACGGCACCGUGUUCACGGAGCUCAACGAUGAGAAAGUGCUGCAGGAGCUGGACAUGAGUGACUUUGAGGAGCAGUUCAAGACCAAGGCACAGGGCCCCGCCCUGGACAUCAGUGCCCUCAAAGCCAAGGCCACGCAGAAGGCCCCCAGCAAGGUGACCCUGAUGGAGUCCAACCGUGCCAAGAACUUGGCCAUCACCCUGCGCAAGGGCGGCCGCAGCGUGCAGGACAUCUGCACAGCCAUCGAGACGUACGACCAGCAAGCCCUGAGCCUCGACUUCCUGGAACUGCUGCUGCGCUUCCUGCCCACCGAGUACGAGCGGAGCCUGAUCGGGAAGUUCGAGCGGGAGCAGCAGCCGCCGGAGGAGCUCUCGGACGAGGAUCAGUUCAUGAUGCGCUUCAGCAAGAUCCCGCGGCUGGCCGAGCGCAUGAACGUCAUGAUCUUCCUGGGCAGCUUCGGGGACACGGCCCAGCUGCUGAUGCCGCAACUCAACGCCAUCAUCGCCGCCUCCAUGUCCCUCAAGUCCUCCAGCAAACUGCGCCACAUCCUCGAGAUCGUCCUGGCCUUUGGGAAUUACAUGAACAGCAGCAAGAGAGGGGCUGCCUACGGCUUCCGACUGCAGAGCCUCGACGCGCUCCUCGAGAUGAAGUCCACAGACCGCAAGCAGACGCUGCUACACUACCUGGUGAGGGUGAUCAUGGAGAAGUACCCGGAGCUCACCGGCUUCCACACCGAGCUGCACUUCCUCGACAAGGCGGGCACAGUGUCCCUGGACGGGGUGCUGCAGGACGUGCGGAGCCUGCAGCAGGGCAUGGAGCUGACCCGCAGGGAGUUCAUGAGGCAGGACGACAGCCCCGUGCUCAAGGACUUCCUCAAGGUCAACUCCGAGGUGAUGGAGAAGCUGCAGGCUGACAGCAAAACCGCCAAGGAAGCCUAUGAGUCAGCCGUGGAGUAUUUUGGGGAGAACCCCAAGACCAGUCCCCCCACCACCUUCUUCCCCAUGUUCAUGCGCUUCAUCAAAGCCUACAAGAAAGCAGAGCAGGACAUUGAGCUGUGGAAGAAGCAAGAGGCCGCAGCCAAGGAGGCAGAAUCCGGCUCCCCUGGCAGCGAGCAGCAGCCCGAGCUGCCUGUCCAGAAGGCCAGGAGGCAGCAGAUGGACAUGAUAGCUGAGCUGAAGAAGAGGCAGAUGGUGAAGGAGCCACUCAUCUACGAAGGCAAAGAUGGGGCCAUUGAGGAUAUAAUUUCAGAUCUGCGGAACAACCCGUACCGGCGGGGGGACAAGGCCCGCGGCAGCGCCAAGAAACGGGCGGCGGGGCAGAGCCUGCAGGCGACGCCGGACAUCGCGCUGUGACCGGCGCCGUCCCUGCAGCGGCAGCGCAGGGCCAGCACCGUCCUCCCGACGCGGAUGGGACCGCAGGGUGUCAGUCCCUGGGCCCGGGGCUCGGCGGGGUGGAGGGACAGUGCCCGCUCCGAGCUGCUCCAGCCGCUUGAUGUGCCAGCUCUGCCCGCCUGGGCCGGGCACAGGCACCCCCGGCGCUUGCUUGGCCGUGUCCCUGAGCUCCUCUCCGCAGCCUGGCAGGUCGUCCUGGCUACAGGGAAGCGCAGAAAGGGCUCCAGCUUGUCCUGGAAGGAAAAGAGAGGCUGUCCCAUCCCUAUCCCCGCCCUGUGUCCUUGUCCCACCCUCGAUUGCCGCUGCGGGAGGGGAGGGGGUGUCAGCCAGGGACACAGCGCUCCCCGCACAUCUCUCCGCACAUCUCAGCUCACAUCUCCCCCAGCCCGCAGAGCCCCCCCAGAGCCGCGUUCUCCUGCUGCAGAGCUCCCAGCCCGGAGCCAGGGGCUGGCAGCGGUGCUAUUUUACAGGAUUUUAUUAAGUCUUCCUUCAAAUUUCUCCGUGCUGCGGCAGCGGGGAUUGGAACUCCCCCACGCAGGGUGGCCCCAAGGCUGCGGCGAGCAGCGCUGGGGAGGCUCCGGAGCUGCGACAAUCAGCAGCAGGGACAAGUUUCUCUGCGAGGUGGUGGCACCUCCGCCCACCUGCAUCCCCAGCACCCCCAGCAGCCUCUGGGACGAACCGGGACUGUCAGCCCUGCGGGGCUCCCCGUUCUCUCGGGUGGGACACGCAGGAGAUGCCGGCAGUCCCAGCCCCUGCUGCCGCCUGCAGGAGCGGCCCCGGAGCCGCACGAACCUCUCGGUACCGGCCCGGACCCGGCUGUCUCUCCCUGCCCUGCCCCGCUGCUGCUGUGUAACCCCGCAGUGCCGCAGUUAAACCUCUCCUGGUGCAUUUACCCCGCUCCUCCCUCCUCCUGUCCCUCCUCCCGUCCUUUCUCGCUCGUCCCAGCUUCAGCCACAGCAGCCGCUGCUUCCUGCUGUAUUUAAGCUGCUUCAGCGCCGGCUCCGUGUCCGGGGAGGGAUGGGAAAUGAAUGUGUAACUUAUAAAUGCCUUUA